AUGACCAUGAACAGUGCUGAAGUGCGUAAAACCUUUAUCGAUUUCUUUAAAAACGAAAAGGAGCACACGUACUAUCAUUCGUCUAGUGUUAUUCCUCACGAUGAUCCUACUUUGCUGUUUGCCAAUGCUGGCAUGAACCAGGUAUGGGUUUAGGACUCUGUUAGGCUUAUUUGUUUGACCUAGAUAGAGGUUAAUCAUAAAAACAGUCGUUUUCUAUUUUUUUAAAGCAAAAUUUAACUUCAACAAGUUAUCAAACAGUUUUAUAUUGUGCGAUUUUCAGUACAAGCCAAUCUUCCAAGGUGUUGUUGAUCCAUCGAGCGACCUGGCCAAGUUGAAGAGAGCCGUGAACACACAAAAGUGUAUCCGAGCUGGAGGAAAACACAACGAUCUUGAUGAUGUUGGAAAAGAUGUCUACCAUCACACUUUCUUCGAGAUGUUGGGAAACUGGUCUUUUGGAGACUACUUCAAGGUAAGGAAGCUUUCUGUAGUUUAUUUUCGAUGUUUAGAAAGAAGUAUGUAACUGGGCAUGGGAAUUGUUGACCAAGAAGUUGAAGAUUGACAGCGAAAGACUUUAUGUUAGUUACUUUGGUGGAGAUAAAGCUGCUGGACUUGAACCCGAUCUCGAAUGUAAACAAAUUUGGAUGGAUAUCGGGUAAGGAAUAUUUGCGAUUGUUUUUAAGUUUAGGAGAACACAUUUUUGGGCUUAGAUAUUUUUUCUGGUGUGUUCAGGUGGUUUUAUAGUUAAUAUAAAAAAUGUGUUGAGAUGAUGAGUUAUUUUAUGUUUUAGCGUCCCAGAAGCCCGUAUUUUACCCUUUGACAUGAAAGAUAACUUCUGGGAGAUGGGUAACGUUGGUCCUUGUGGUCCCUGCUCUGAAAUCCACUAUGAUCGGAUUGGAAAUCGAGAUGCUUCUGCUUUGGUCAAUGCCGAUGAUCCAAUGGUGGUCGAGAUUUGGAAUCUUGUGUUCAUUCAAUUCAACAGAGAAGAAGAUGGUAACCUGAAGACAUUGCCAAACAAGCACAUUGAUUGUGGACUUGGGUUGGAACGUUUGGUUGCUGUUAUGCAGAACAAGACCUCUAAUUAUGAUACUGAUCUGUUCACUCCGAUCUUUGAGGCUAUUGCUGAGGUAUGUUAAUAGUUUUGCACUUUUUUAUGUCUUUGAGUUUGAAGUUGUAUUUUUUUGUUAACACUGAAAUCUUAAUUAAUUUAAAUUAUACGUUUAGAAGACUGGUACACGCCCAUACACUGGCCACGUUGGCGAUGAGGAUGUUGAUGGUAUUGAUAUGGCAUACCGGGUAGUCGCCGAUCACAUCCGUACUUUGACUAUUGCACUGAGUGAUGGUGGAAGGCCCGACUCAACUGGUAGAGGGUUCGUUUUUAUUAAUUUUAUAGUGGUAUAGUAAAAUAUUAACGUAAUAUAUUUUAAAAUUACUGAACGUCAGUUUUAAUAUUGAUAUGACGAAUUUAUCAAUGUAAUUAAUUAUUUUUAGUUACGUUUUACGCCGUAUUUUGCGUCGUGGAGUACGAUACGCUACGGAAAAGUUGAAUGCUCAGCCUGGCUUCCUGGCUAGUUUGGUGCCGGUCGUGGUUUCGUUAUUGGUAAGGUGUUUGCCAUGCUUAUUAAAGGCAAAUCCAAUAUUUAUUUUGCAGAUCUUUAUAAACUUUUUGUAAAAUAAUUGAAAAAAAAUUGGGUUUCAGGUAAUAUUUCAUACCUUUUUAUAUGUAAUAUUUAAUUUUAGGGUGAAGUCUUUCCCGAACUACGCAAAGAUCCUGAAACCGUCAUUGACAUUAUCAACGAUGAAGAGACUCAGUUCUUGAAGACGUUGAACAGAGGAAGAACAUUGUUCUUGAAGGCCGUUAGGGAUCUACCAGAGGGCGCAACCAAAUUCCCUGGAGCUAUCGCUUGGAGGUUGUACGAUACCUAUGGUUUUCCAGUUGAUUUGACUCAGUUAAUGGCUGAAGAAAAGGGACUACUGGUCGAUUUGGAGCAGUAUGAGAAGGAAAAACAGCUCGCUUUGGUAAGAAACCUUUAAAAAAUGUAAUUGUAGUUGUUUCACUAUGCUUUACUUGUUUUUUAUGAAAGAUGGCUUACUAUGAUGUUAAUUUUGAAAUAUCUUGAUUAAUGUUGAAAUGAUGAUUAAUAUCUUCUUAUUUAGGAAAGAUCAGCUGGUGGAGUUGGCAGAUUCCAGGACACUCUCGACCUCAAUGUUCAUGCAAUUGCUGAACUCAGAGGAAAGGGUGUUCCAACCACUGAUGACUCCUUCAAGUACUUGUACCAGGAUGAUGGCAAAAAGGGACUUGAAGCCAAAUACAUCUUUGAGAAGGUUCAGGGAAAGGUGUUGGCUUUGAGGAAGAACGGCGAGUUUGUACAGAGUUUGGAGAACGGAGAAGAUGGUGGAGUAAUAUUGGACAAGACUUGCUUCUACGCUGAACAAGGUGGACAGAUCUACGACACCGGUUACUUGACUCUGGGAGAAGAUAAGGUAAGACAACAUUUUUGACCGUUUUGCUAGUUGUUUCGUUUAAAAUUGAUUUCUUUUUAAAAACUAGAAUAAUGUGUAUUAUUUAGGAUGUCUUUGAAAAUAUCAUCUAUUGUCCUUUACAAUGAAUUUUACCUUUGAUUUUUAGAACACGUCAUUCAAAGUAGACAACGUACAAGUUCGUGGCGGUUACCUGUUGUUUGUGGGCACUGUAGAAGGUCGUUUGAGUGUUGGUGACGUUGUGGACCAAGAAUUUGAUGAAGUAAGUUGAGCCAUGAUCUUUUUCUAAUUCAUUUUUGAUUAAUUUGUUUUAAAUUUACUUUUAUAGGAAAGACGUUGGCUUAUUAUGAAGAAUCACACAGGAACUCACGUUCUUAACUUCGCCUUACGAAAAGAGCUUCCAGAUGUCGACCAAAAGGGGUCUUUGGUGGCUGAAGAUCGCAUGAGAUUCGAUUUCACUGCCAAACAAGGAUUGAAGGUAGAACAAGUGAAGAAGGUCGAGGAACAAGCACAAUGUCUAAUCGACACGCAUAAUACCGUAUAUGCAAAAGAUUGCAAAUUGGCCGAAGCCAAGGAAAUCGACGGGUUGAGAGCUGUCUUUGAUGAGGUAAGGUCUUUUUGUAAUUUGAAAGCUAAUUUAUAAAUUUAAUUAAAAAAUGUUAUAAGGUUUUUGUUUUGUGUUUGCAUUGACGUUGUAUACAGGUUUAAGACUAUUUUAUAAAAUUUUAGACAUAUCCAGAUCCAGUCAGAGUCGUUUCAGUUGGAAUUCCAGUAGAAGAUCUGACCUCCAAUCCGCAAUCCGGUAAAGCAAAUGGAACUUCAGUUGAAUUUUGCGGUGGAACGUAAGUAACUUGGUUUUUAUUAUUGAAUUUGGUAUUUUACAGUCUUUGAAACGAUUUUUUUUGUAAAUUUUUUAAUAAGAUUUAUUAACUUCUUCGUUUUAGUCACCUGAAGAAUGUCGGCCACAUUGGAAACUUGGUGAUCAGUAGUGAAGAAGCUGUAGCCAAGGGAAUCAGAAGAAUUGUUGCUCUCACUGGUCCAGCUGCCGCCUUGGCCAUCCAGCGUGCGAACAGAGCUGAAGACCGAGUGACAAAACUGUACGAGAAGGUCAAGAACGACCCAAAGAUUGUGGACGACAAGAACACAUUCAAGAAGUUGAUCAAAGAAGCCAACGAAUUGGUGGAAGAAUUGAAUCCAAUGGUUUUGCCUUACUGGAGGAAAGAUAAGAUCAGAAGUUUGGCCAAGGAGACUCAGAAGUUGUUGGACAGUUACGACAGAAAAGCAAAGGCCGCCGUCGCUGAUAAGGUGGUACAAGAGGCCAAGGAUUUGAACGAGAAGAACAAAGAGAAGAUUCUGGUGCAUGUCUUCAGUGAGGGAGCCAAUGGCAAGGUAAGAAUGGCUUACAUGAUUUUGAAAGUGUAUGUAAUGCGGUGCUUAGGAAUUGUAACUAUUUUUUAUGUGUUAACAUAUUACAAAAAUGGCAUUUUAGGCAUUGGAUGGAGCCUUGAAGCAAUUAAAGAAUCACCAAGCUGUGAUUGCCUUCUCAGUACAGGAAGACAUCGGUAAACUAGCUGUAAUAGCUCGUGUGGACAAGGCUCUAAGCCAAAAGGGAAUUAAGGCUAACGAAUGGGUGAACAAGAUCUGUGAGAUUGCCGGAGGCCGUGGCGGAGGUAAAGACCUUCAGGCUCAAGCUGUUUGUGAGAAUGUGAAUAAGUUGGACGAGGCUGUAGAAUUGGCCAGACAACUGACUGCGGUCGCUUUGGAGUGA